CAAGGCGAAGCGAUUGCGAGAGAGAGAGAGAGAGAGACGAUUACAAAACUCCGCGUUCGACAUGUUCCACUUGGUCGAUCGCGACGUUCCGAGACGUGAUCUGUCCCUGUUCGACCUUCGGGGAGCAACGAGGAUGAGAGGAUGAUCCCACGUUGCGAUUCUCAAGUGGAACGUCACCUCUGCGUUGCCUCACGUGGAGAUCAACACGUAUUUGGAGUUUUGGAGGGGCGUAUCGUCGUGACGCGCUUAUGUCAUCGAAUGAAAAAAAAGGAUAUUUGUUCUCAUUAAGACAUAUACUUUUUCGUCUACCAGCUUGCGAGAUGAUGAGUAAUUUCAUAGAUGCUCACUGGUUUCCCCUUGCAUCGCAGGGGAACAUUUAUUCAAUGACCAAACUGUGUUCUCCCAGUAGUUCCAACAAGUUAUUAGUCGCAUCUUUGAAAAGAAAGAUCUAUUCCUGUGAAUAUCAUCAAAUGACGGAAUUUAUGAGGCCUAUGGUAAAGGAACUACUAUUUACGUACAUUCCCAGUGGUGCAGAAAUUAUCUCUGUUGAUGCUUACAACAAGUCAGACACAGGGGACAGUUUUGUGAUAGGAAUAACAAUUAUAAAAACAAGCGCAGACGCGAUUGAAAGGUACCUGAACAUAUAUACAGAGGGUGCAAUAGACGGUGAAGGGGAUGAAGGUAGCUCGAUUGAAGCUAUAGCUCAAAAUUGUCUCAUGGUGGAAUUAUCGUACACUCCUACCCAUUUAUAUCAUACAGUUUUACCGCAACAAAAUUUUACACACGAGGUAGUUUGGCUAAUAUCUGGAAGUGAUUACAGAAUUCAUAUGAUAAGGGAGGAUAAGUUGAGUCACGUUUACAGCGAAUGCUCCAUUGAAAAAUAUUUUCCAGAGCUACACGAUCUCCAAGCAAUCGCGUUAUGGAUCAAUAUUUAUUAUUACGACAAUUAUAAACGGAGAGUUACCGCUGUCGGCUGUGAUUGCGGUCUAGUCAAAAUUGCCGUGAUAAACGUGAUAGAUCUACAAGUUUCUCAAAGUUGGUUGUUGAGAUACGACAAACCAGUACCUAGUGUGAUAGUAUUUCCGCAUCGAAAUACUGUCUGUAAACCAACAUUUAUAAGUGCCGAAGCUGAGAAAUGUAUUCCUAAGGAUGACAUUCCUAAAUUGAAUAUUGUUAUUUCAAGUACAAGUAACGCUGUUGUCUUUGAGAAUAUUUUGGAACACGGGAUGAAACGGGACGUAAUAUUGAGUGGCAGCGAAUCAUCUGAUUGUAUCAUGUGUUGCUGUAUAGCAGACAUAAAUAUGGAUGGCCAAAAUGAAAUAUUACUCGGCACUUAUGGUCAAGAAGUUUUAAUUUUCGUAUUGACGAAUAACGUGUGGGAGUUGACUGUCAGAAAACUGUUUGACGCGCCUGUGCACUCUAUAAGUUACAUGGAUAUAACAAAUGAUGGAAUAAAGGAACUGAUUGUCCUCACGCAACGGGGUGUACACAUAUUACAGCACAACAUAGCUGAUGUACGAACAAAGUGGAGAGAACGUUAUGGAAAAUUACUUGAUAUAAUAACUCGAGAAAAAUUGUAGUACUUACAAUACAAAAGGGUAAUUUUCUUUUAUACAUUUUAUAUAUUUAUGUCGUAUAUAAUGUACA